AGACAAGAACGUGUAAUGUUAUGAAGAGCUAUAUGUGCCUUGAAAUUCCUUGUUUAUCACUGGCUUAUUGGGUAGGAGUGGUGCUACUCCUUUUCAGACUGAAGUAGCUGCUGCUACAGGAGUUGGAUGUAUUCCCCACCAUGAGUGGGAGAGGUGAGAUCAAAUUUAGAUUCGAUGAAAAUGCUACUCCUGCAGGAACAGGGAGCUGCUGGCCUACUAUCUCUAAAUUACAUGUAAAACCUCAGUUACAAGUUCACUGCUUAUUUGAAUGAUUGACAUCACAAGGCUACUGUGGCAGCAUGCUUGUGUCUUCCUUAGCUUGGGGACUGAGGCCCAGAUCCUCAGAGGUAUUUAGGUGCCUAACUCACUGAAAUCAUUGGAAGCUAGGUGUCCAAAUAUUGUUGAGGGUCUGGCCUGACUCCUUAAAGGGCUUCAACUGGAAGACUCCCUUCAGCAAAGCAUUGAACACUCUGGUCCCUGCUGCAGCAUAUGGUUAAAUCCAGUGGGACUACUCACAUACUUAAAGUGAAGCAUGAGUUUAAGUUCUUCCCUGAGACAGGGCCUGAGUGCUCUGUACCUUUCAGGAUCCAACCCUUGUUUGCCCAUUAAACACAAAACCACACUUUCUUAUUUAUUGUUGUGUGAAAUGCUGUAAAAUAACUUAUUCCUACAUCUGUGCACUAAUAUCCCUCUAGGUUCUUCUGAUGGCACCCAUCACCAGAGUAACAGCAGCUUUCACCAGUGCAGAGCGGGUGUGCGUACGACCCUACUCCUGCAAUGGCAUCUGUGUGGACAAAGGGGCCUGCCUGAACAAGUCCGGUUGCAGGACUGUGGCAUAUAUCUGUAGCUAGCUCCCUGGAGCGGUAGAAGAAAAAAUACUGUAGCCCCAUUCCUUCUAGAGUGGAUGCUGGUGCUUAUCUGAUGGGCUAGAGGGACAGACCUAGGAUGUGUCCUCGCCCUAGGCAGUCUGAAAGCUGGAUGCUGCUGCGUGGGCCCCGCAGACAACCCGGCCAGCUACAGCCUCCCGCAGCGGACUCUCACCCCGCUACCCCCGGCUGAACACGGGCGCAGGAGCGACUCUGCUUUUCUAUUGGUGGGGUGUGUCCCCCUCCGCCCCCGGCCCGGCCAAUCAGCGCGCGUGCCCUCUCCAAAAGCUGGAGAGGGGACCGACUGGGAGAAUUCCCUUCGCACACGCGCGGGGCACCGGCUGCGGGGCCGCGGCUGCUGCGGCGCGGGGCGUCUCAUCCACGCGCAGCGGGACUCGGGCUGCUGCCGCGCCUCUCUUCCCGCCAGGCCAGGAGAACAAACUGUAUUGGAGACCCCUGAAGCAAGAAGUUUAAGGCAUUGGUGACACAAUGCCUUCAGUUCCUCCAGAAGCAGAGAUGGACACCAGUUCCUGCUCUCACUUCUCUGCUAAAUGCCUGCUGAACGGAGGGCUGGAGAAGGAGCCCUGUAACAUCAGUGAGGAGAGAGAGUGGAUCCGACCUGACACCCCUAGCAAAUGUACCUGGGAGCUGGGGAAACCCCCCUCUGAAUCCCCUCAUUAUCACCCCACUUUGCCAAAGUCUCCAAACAUCCUGCCGAACAUUCUGAGGAAAAUUGGUGAUACUCCUAUGGUACAAAUCAACAGGAUCGGAAAGUUCUUUGGACUCAAGUGUGAACUCUUGGCAAAGUGCGAGUACUUUAAUGCUGGGGGGAGCGUGAAGGAUCGAAUCAGCCUGAGGAUGGUGGAGGAUGCGGAAAGAGCUGGGAUUUUGCAACCUGGGGACACGAUCAUUGAGCCAACAUCAGGAAACACAGGAAUUGGGCUGGCCCUGGCUGCUGCAGUGAAAGGCUACCGCUGCAUCAUUGUGAUGCCAGAGAAAAUGAGCAUGGAGAAGGUGGAUGUUCUGAGAGCUCUUGGCGCUGAGAUUGUGAGGACCCCAACUACUGCCAGGUUUGACUCACCUGAAUCUCAUGUGGGAGUAGCAUGGCGACUGAAAAAUGAAAUCCCCAAUUCCCAUAUCCUAGACCAGUACCGCAACGCCAGUAACCCCUUGGCACACUAUGACACUACAGCUGAGGAGAUCCUGCAGCAGUGUGAAGGAAAAAUAGACAUGCUGGUGGUUGGAGCUGGCACAGGAGGCACCAUCACUGGCGUUGCAAGAAAGCUGAAAGAGAAAUGCCCAGAUUGCAAAAUUAUUGGCGUUGAUCCCCUGGGCUCCAUUCUUGCUGAGCCUGAAGAACUGAAUAAGACUGACAAGACGACAUAUGAGGUGGAGGGGAUUGGAUAUGAUUUUGUCCCUACCGUGCUGGACAGAUCGGUGGUGGACAAGUGGUACAAGAGCAACGAUGAGGAGUCUUUUGCUUUGGCCCGCAUGUUAAUCAGAGAGGAAGGAUUAUUGUGCGGUGGCAGCUCCGGCAGUGCAAUGUCCAUUGCUGUGAAGGCUGCCAAGGAUUUGACGGAGGGUCAGCGCUGUGUUGUCAUCUUGCCCGACUCUGUCAGGAACUACAUGUCCAAGUUUUUGAAUGACAAAUGGAUGACCCAGAAAGGGUUCAUGAAAGAAGAAGAUGACAUUAUUAACAAACCUUGGUGGUGGCACCUCAAAGUUCAGGAAUUAAGUCUCUCUGCUCCCCUGACAGUGCUUCCGGGUGUCACCUGUGAAAAGACCAUUGAAAUCCUCCGAGAGAAGGGAUUUGACCAGGCACCAGUUGUUGAUGAAUGUGGUGUGAUUUUGGGAAUGGUUACCCUUGGGAACAUGCUUUCUUCGUUACUUGCUGGGAAAGUUCAGCCAUCAGAUCAUGUCGGCAAAGUAAUCUACAAGCAAUUCAGACAGACAUCAAAUCAAACAUCAGGUGAAACUCUGAUUCAUCUGAAAGACAGCUUGGGGAAACUUUCUCAUAUCCUGGAAAUAGACCACUUUGCUCUAGUUGUACAUGAGCAGAUUCAGUAUCACAGUGACGGCUCCUCCAGUAAGAGACAGAUGGUGUUUGGCAUUGUUACAGCCAUUGACUUGCUUAACUUUGUGACUGCACGGGAGCGGGAAAGAAGGGCCACCUAAGUUCAAGGACCACUCUGUUUGCAACAUCUUCCAUGGCAUUUUACAAUCUCUAGAAAGAAUCAGGUCUCUCUUUCUCUCUUUUCCUUCGCUAGAAUGUUCUGUCUCAUGGUUUUUUUUAACAUUCUAAAAAUAAACACAGCUGGAAUCAUCCCGACUACUGUAAUAUAACAGCACAUCUAAAUGUUGCAGAGCUUUUCAGGAUUGUUAGCUCUCAGCCUCCUGAAAUUGGUUGACCUGGAUAGCAUUUAUAUAAAAAACAAAUGUUAGACCUCACUGAUUGUAUUUAAAGUCUAAAACACUGUUAACACUUAAUUGAAGGUAAUAAAGUGAACAGCCAAGCCAUUGUGUUGGAAGCUGAGGCGAGAGCAAUCUAGGAAGACUGCCUAUGAGACUGUGUGUUGCUCAUUAACAUAGAAUAAGUCAAAGACUGUGGAUUUGGUGACAAUAUGGGUAUGCCUUACCUAGUAAAACAUUUCUGUAUCUUUUCACAAUGCGAUUGUUAACUUGAAACAGGGUUGAGGUAAAUCCUGGACUCCAGCUAUAGAGUUUACCUCCAGCAGCUGUUUUGAGUCAGAGCUAUCACUUGCCUUGUCUUGACUGAAAUAUGGCAAUGAGAUAGCUAACACACGCAAGUGGCCUUACUGUAAAAGCCACACCUUUUUAUUAGUGAAGACACAGCUCAUAUAAUUUAUUUUUGCCUGGCUGAAUAAGCACAUGUGUAAACAACAAAUCAAAAUCAGAUCAAGCUCUUUAAAGAGCGAAUUAUUAGCGGUUAUGGCAUGUCUGAUGCAUGACAAGAAGGCAGACCUUUCCCCUGAAAACUUUUAUCUAAGACUGACCUAGCUUGAACUGAAGUUCUUACGCCUAUACCUGGGUUAUACAAAGUCAUUCUUUCCCGGCAGGAGCAAGGCGAGGCCCUGUAAGAUCCUUUCAUAGCAGCCCCCUGGCUCCUCAAGUGCUUCUGAAUUCUAGAUGUUACUGCAGGGAAGAAACACUAGCUUCUGUGAUGUAUAACAAAACAUAAACACAACUACGACAAAAUCCUGCCCUUACUUAGACAUAUAUAAUGGACUACAGGCAAUAGGGCUGCAUAUGUCUGAGAGAGGGCAGAAUUUGGCCCAUAACAUUUAACAAGUGUACUGAAUACACUGUGGCCAAACUUACCAGUGCCCCACUGCAAUGACAUUGUCUGAGCCAAUCACAGUGGAGGGGAUGCUGUGCAGUUAGCUAGGUGUAACUGUAUGGAUUUCUUUUAGCUACAGAGGCUUCUGGUCUCUCAUUUGUAUCUAACUUGCAUUAGUUUAGUGUUGCCCUUUCUCAAACUGUUCAGUCCCCCUAACCUUGUACUCUGGCUAAUAGCAGCUCUCAGCCACUCUGCAGUGGUUUACAUGAUAACUCUACAGUUAUGGGGGGUGGAAAUCUACUUCCUAUCUCUAUUAUGACUGCUGUGAUCCUCCUCUGAUAAGUUAUUUGCCACAAUAAAGUUCUCUGCAGCACAGAGUUGCUGUUUCGGCUUCUCAUUCCCUUUAGCUGUAGCAGAAAAAUUCUACAGUUUACACAAAAAGCCAGACAAAAACUCCCAAAGAAACUGCAGCUGUCAAUCAACUAAAAGAGGGAUUUUUAUAUAUAUAUAUGUGUGUGUACGUAUAUAAUGAAAAUACAGAUGGGUGGGGUUUUAUAUUAUAUAUAAUAAAUAUAUAUAAUAUAAAACCCCACCCAUCUGUAUUUUCAUUUCCCUCCUUCCUUUGAUCUCUGCAGGUCAGCAGGUCUCUUAGCCCCACAAAUGCUGUCACAUUUGCUUUGCAGUUUGAAAAUCUGCAGCCCCUGCCUCCCAAUUUAGUUUUGAACACAAACUGUCAACAAAAGUAUUAGUUAUUCUGGGGACAAUAGCCUUGUUGGCCUGGAGAGGAGAGAAAUUAAUGUGUAAUGGGAGAUGAGAGUUAAGAUUGGCUUUGGAGGUUUCUUUACCUUCUGUAGCAUGACAGUCUCUAUUUUGUUUUGUAACUGCUUCUCUUUACUCUUAAAAGUUGAAUAUUAAAAAAUUUAAUCAUAACAACUAUUUCAGGCUGCUUCAUGUUAACUCUUUAAUGUCAUGUCCAUGGCUACUAAAGGCUUCUGCCUUUGGCCUCUAAGCUUGUUCAACCCAGGGUAUGAUUACCUCAACACCAGAAGUCCCCUGAAGUUACUGUUAUAACAAAGUUACACAAAGUGUCUGAAAGACUUAAAAACUCUCCCUGUUGCUUGGAGCCUGUGAGCAGCUUAGAUAGCAUUAAAGAAAUGCUCCCUUCCACUUGGUCCUGGACUGAUUUAAGUAAUUCUCUAACUAUCGAUGGAACAGUACCAUUGGGAGGGAAUCUAAUAGACCGUUGCAUCUGGCAGAAUCGUCCCAGUCCUGAAAUGACUUGGAGAAAAAGUAGUCAAAUGCAGCGGUCUGUUCAAAACUCCCUGUGUAUUCUAUGGCAGCGGUUCUCAAACUUUGCCUAAAAAUCUCUGUAUUUACUGUGCUGUGAAGACCAAAUAAGGCUGGCAGAGAAGUGUGUGUGUGAGAGAGAAACUCAAGUCUUAUGCCCAAAGCUUGAAUAGAACUAUUUUUACUGGUGUGUAUUUGGGUGUGUGUGUAUGCACCCUCCAUAUUAUCUAGAUUUUUGUAAACGGAUGCUGGCUACCUUACUUAAAACUACUUUACGUAGGGAUAUUUGUUGAAAUGUUGCAUUGCAUUUGUAUGUCUUUCUCUUUAAAUUUCAACCCUUUUGGUUUACUAGUGACUCUGUAAAAACAUUAGAGUUUUCUUAUAUGAAGGCAAUUUUUCAACUAAAUCUGUGGAAUUCAUCUUUGCAAGGUUUGCUAGUAACUUCAUGUGUCAGAUAAGGAUUUAGAGAGAGCUUUAAAGUCCUUUUUUCCACUCAUGCCAUUUCUGUGGCUAACUCCAGAAUUCCUUGUAUGUAGUGUAAUUGCAGCCGUGUUGGUCCCAGGAUAUUAGACAGACAAGGUGGUGAAGUAAUAUCUUGUAUUGGACCAACUUCUGUUGAUAGAGACAAGCUUUUGAGCUACACAGAUCUUCCUGUAGCUUGAAAGCUUCUGGUCCAAUAAAAGACACUAUCUCUCUCACCUUAUCUCUCCAGAAUUCCAUGUAAUUCAAUUAAUUGCUCCCGUUGGACAGACGUAAUCUUCACAGAGUUCACCACUGGGUGCUGUCUUAACCUGUAGAUUGCAAUACUGAGCUUCAUGCAGCGAGUAAUACACUGUUUUAAAUGGCGUUAGCCAUUGCAGACUUCAUUCAGCGCUCUUUCUUACUGUUUAAUGUCAACAUUUAAGCUACUCUACAGUGAUUAAGGGAAGUCUUUUAUGUUUUAAAGGGAAAAUAUUCAAUACAAUGUGCUGUAUUUAUUGCACAAAAGUUCAAUGUACACUAUAAAGAGUUCAAUAAAAGCUACUUGAGUGACUUAAAA